AUGGCUACCAAGAUACGCCCAGAAACCAAGAAAAGCUCGGAGGUCGUGUGCCUCGGGAGCAGAAGUCUCCGGGAACUGGAGCCCGAGGCCAAGAAGCUCCGCGUGAAGGGCCCGGGUUGUAGCAGGAGAUGUGAGUCAGACUGCCUUUGGGAAGGUUUGGCUAGCCUGCAAGUCCCACCAUCAUGCAGCAGCCUGCAGGUCCCACCAUCGUGCAGCAGCAUUGUCAAGGACCUCUACCAGCAUAGGUUGGAUGAAGCUGCCUGGCCAUCACUACGACAGGGUCUUCAGAAAUCCUUUUUGCAUUCUCUUGCUUCUUACCGGAUAUUCCAAAAAGCUGCCCCCUUUGACAGGAGGGUUACAUCCUUGGCAUGGCACCCGACUCAUCCCAGCACCCUGGCUGUAGGCUCCAAAGGAGGAGAUAUCAUGCUCUGGAACUUUGGCAUAAAGGACAAACCCACCUUUAUUAAAGGGAUUGGAGCUGGAGGGAGCAUCACAGGGCUGAAGUUUAACCUUCUCAAUACCAACCAGUUCUUUGCCUCUUCAAUAGAGGGAACAACUAAGCUGCAAGACUUUGAAGGCAACACUCUACGAGUUUUUACCUGCUCAGACACUUGCAACAUCUGGUUUUGCAGCCUGGAUGUGUCUACCAAAAGCCGAAUAGUAGUCACAGGAGACAAUAUGGGAAAUGUGAUCCUGCUGAACAUAGAUGGCAAGGAGCUUUGGAAUCUCAGAAUGCACAAAAAGAAAGUGACCCAUGUGGCUCUGAACCCCUGUUGUGAUUGGUUACUGGCUACAGCCUCCGUAGAUCAAACAGUGAAAAUCUGGGACCUGCGCCAGGUUAAAGGGAAAAACAGCUUCCUCUACUCCCUGCUGCACAAACAUCCUAUCAACUCAGCUUAUUUCAGCUCUGAUGGAUCCCGCCUCCUGACAACUGACCAGAAGAAUGAGGUCCGGGUUUACUCUGCCUCACAGUGGGACUGCCCAGUUAGCCUGAUCCCUCACCCUCACCGUCACUUCCAGCACCUCACACCCAUCAAGGCAACCUGGCAUCCUCGAUAUAACCUCAUUGUUGUAGGCCGAUACCCAGAUCCUAAUUUCAAAAGUUGUGCCCCGUAUGAACUGAGGACAAUCGAUAUAUUUGAUGGAAACUCAGGGAAGAUGAUGUGUCAGCUCUAUGACCCACAGUCUUCUGGUAUCAUUUCGCUCAAUGAGUUCAACCCCUUGGGGGACACACUAGCCUCUGCCAUGGGUUACCACAUUCUCAUCUGGAAUCAGAAGGAAGUGGGGCCAUGGAAAGAAAGAGAGAGACACUGAAGAAAGUUGAGCCAUAACUUGGAGUACAAAAUGGAAACAAGUUCUUCAGAAGAGGCAGCUGUUAAUAGGCCAAAAGUGCUACUGUCUUGGGGUUGGAGCAGGGACACUGGCUUAGCAAUGUCCUUAGCUCUGGAAACUUCAGGCAACCCAGCUUCUCUAAAGAUCCCUGCUAUCUAGCCUGGAGCCAAAGUAGUUUUCUCCUGUUCAAUUUUUCCUUGUGUUGCUGGGGAUGGAACUCAGGACCUUGUGCCCUGCUGAGCUAUAUUCCCAGCUACCUUUUUUCCCUUCUGAUGUGUGGUGACAGAAUGAUGAGGGAGUGUUUUUUUUAUUUGUGAUUACUAUAGACACAGCCAAUAAAAACAUAUUUAACUGAGUUUGUGAGCAGAUCUAUCACUGACCUAGUCAAAGGGGCUCCUUGGGUCUCAGAAAUGAAAAGGCACAAAACCAGCACUCACAAUCCAACACUUCAUUCUUGGAGCUGCCUCAGCCCUAUUUUGGGCCGCAGUUGAGAGCUGUCCAGUUGUCCAUCUCCAUUUACCCUCAGGUCCCUGAAGAGUCCAGCCCAGCUGAGAAAGAAUAUCUCAAGAUUCUACAUGAUUCACUCCCCUUCCCCCCAACUCCCUCCCCAAUGCAACACAAACAUCCUUCCAACUUGCCCACACCACCUGCAAGGGAGGACAAUAGUGCCUGAGCAGCAAUAGUGUCAACACUAAUGGUGGCUUCAGCCAAAUAAUGGGAAACUUGGCCGGUUGGUUGUUGGGCGAUCUGGGCCUUUGGUAGCCAGUAUUGUACCCCCAGUGGUAUGCAGUCUAUCCUUCCAAGUAAACGUUGAGUAGCAAGACAGAGUCCUUUGCCAAAGACUCCAGGCUGGAAGAGACAGAGCAGGGAUUGGUGGAAGAGCAAGACAGAUUAAGUACUGGCUCCUUCAGUUCUUUUUUUUUUUUUUUUUAUCCCAGGUUCCUGAGUGAAACCUGAACACUUCUCCAUAUCUCAGGUCCUUAGGGAGUAUGAAAGAUGCAAUCCUGUUUAGAGAAAGCCAGUGUCCGACACAGUACUUGAUAAACAUCAGGCAUGUCAAUGCUGAAUGACAGGUGCCAUGGGCCAAACCAAGCCCCACUCAUCUGGGCUGGGGUAGUCAGGGAGGCUCAACCCAGGUUCUGUCCAUGGGCUAGGGAGCAGCAACAGUCAGGAGGAAGGGC